AUUUUGGUGAUUACUGAAAUGUAUUUAAUCAUGUCUAUCUAUAUACUUUAAAUUUUUACCAGUGUUUUGCAAAGUAAACAGUUUUAAUUUUCCCUUCUCAUGAAAUUGAGUCAGUGUUACAUUGAAAUGAACAAAAAACCAGAUCGGGGCAUCUUCUACAUCUUGUGAUAGUGCUAUUGUUAUUUUUUGUUUAAAUGGACAUCUCGCAGAAGAAACCGAAUGCAUGAGCAUUUUACUCAAUUUAAGAGCAAUAGUGAGCAUUAUGAGCUGUUCAUUAGCGAAUUAAUUUACAGUGAAGACGAUAUUACCGGCCCUCGAUCGUUCUAAAUGGCGGCUAAUUCAAAUUUGCUUGUAAACAAAACCUACAUAAUUAGUACUAAGAAAAAUGGGUUUUUAUUAUGUAUGUUGAACAAAUUUGCCUAGGAUAGUAAUCAAUUCAUCUUAAGUAAUGGAUCCCGUUCUUCAAAGGCUUGGCGAUGUUACGAUACAGAGACUUGAUAAAUCAAAAGAAACCAAAGUAGCCCCUCAAAAUGCACCCUUGGAAAAAUUCAAAGAGAAUAAAGAAGAAAGCGGCGACGAGAUAUCUGAAUUCAUCCCGAGUGUAAAUAAGAGGCCCAACAUCCAUUUACCCAACGAUAUAUCGGUGAAAAAAUUCAAAUUCAACCCAAACGAAUUGAACAUAGGAAAUAAAAGCGACGACAUAAUGAAUAAUUUUAGCGAAACGGAGAUGUCCGAUUACGAUUCCGAAUCAGAUUUAGAUGAUUCCGAUGAUGAACCGCCCGACUUAGGCGUCAACCAGCCAAGUUUACCACCGAAACCUUUCAAAGAUAAUCCCCAAAUUCCCGCGCACCCACACAGCAAUUCGGAGGACGAAGGGAGCAACAGCAACUCGUUUUUCGAAAAAUUGGUUCAACAAAACGCUGCCUCGGUACCCGUCUCGGUACCUUCUAGCACGCCGAGCAGCUCCACCGCGUCGACUCCCGUGAAACAAAACCCAGAAGGUUCCGCCGAGGAAGACUACGACAUAGACAUUAAAGAAAAGCUAAAGGAAAUGGGCGAAAUCAGCUUCGAAACGGUGAAAAAAGGGGAGAAACCCAAAAAGACUGAAGUAGUUGAAAACGAAGUAGUUGUAACGACAAAAAAAGUUGGAGCCGAUGGUGAAGAAAUAUCUGGCUUACCAAAGGGCAUUGCUUUACGAAGGAACAUCCGAGAAGUAAUGGACGAGACUAAGCUAGACGAAUCUACAUUGGCUGCACAACGACAAGAAGCGGAGCGUCUUAGACGUGUACAAGAACAACAAAGACUAUUGAGAGAAUUGCAAAGGCAAGCAGCUCAAGAAAGAAUGCAAAAUAGGGUGAUAUCGAUGCUGCAAGGAAAUCAGUUUCCAAAGCCAGGAACUUCGAAUCAAACGAGAAUCGGUAACACUGUCUUGGUAAAAUUACCAAACGGACAAACCAAACCAAUGACGAGGGUGCCUAAAAGGCCAUUUGAAUUGUUAAGGGUACCGAAAAAUAUGGCGCAAGGUCCGAUGGGAUUGCCGCGGAACAAUAGAGGUUUUUUGCCGGCGAAAAGAAUUCCUACGGGGGCAGAUUUAACGCCUUCUGUAAGUAUCGCGCCGAUCAACAAGAAGACAUUGCCCCCUAUGCCACAAAGGCACAGUGAUAGCGACAGCGAGAGCGACGAAAGGAAAAUUAUGUCGCCACCUUUAGUAGCAAAACCUAAACCUAAGCCUCCUGUACAAACCAUUGAUAUAUCAUCCGAUGACGAUUGCAUAGUCGUGUCUGAACCGGAGGAAGAAGAGGAGGAUACAGAUCAUGAUGAUCCCACUAACUCAGGCAUGCAUACGAAUGAUCAGUUUAACCAACCUGACGAUCAAGGCAGAGUUUUGGUAAACGUGGGUCAUCCAGAAGGUGAUCCGGAUGUUUUUAUUGCUCCGCAAAUUUCAAGGAUUAUUAAACCUCAUCAGAUAGGCGGCGUGAGGUUUCUAUAUGACAAUGUUGUUGAGAGUACCAGUAGAUUUGAAAGCUCAUCAGGAUUCGGUUGCAUUCUGGCGCAUUCAAUGGGUUUAGGAAAAACCUUGCAAAUCGUGACGUUUUCAGAUAUUUUCUUGAGGCACACAUCUGCUAAAACUAUACUCUGUAUUAUGCCGAUUAAUACCCUUCAAAAUUGGAUGGCGGAGUAUAAUAUGUGGUUACCUACAGAUGAAAAUAUCGGAAAUAGUCCUCUAAACGCUCAUGGAGAAGUACGACCCAGGAAUUUCAAUUUACAUGUAUUGAACGAUAGCCAUAAAACUCUGGUUGCCAGAUCGAAGGUGAUUCACGAAUGGCGAACCAACGGGGGCGUUUUGUUAAUCGGAUAUGAACAAUUUAGAUUACUUAGUCAAAGAAAAUUGCCGAAAUCGAGAAGGAAAAUCAAUCCUGAAUUAGAUGACGAGAGAAAUAUCAAAUUAUUUGACGAGGUUCAUACGGCGUUAAUAAAACCAGGACCGGAUUUGGUAAUUUGCGACGAAGGUCAUCGCAUUAAGAAUUCCCACGCUUCGAUUUCUCAAGCUUUAAAACAGAUGGAAACGAAAAGGAGAGUGGUACUGACGGGAUAUCCUCUACAAAACAAUCUAAUGGAAUAUUGGUGCAUGGUGGAUUUCGUGAGACCGAAUUAUUUAGGUUCAAAAACGGAAUUUUGCAACAUGUUUGAACGUCCUAUUAUGAACGGUCAGUGCAUCGAUUCAACCGAAGCAGAUAUUAAACUAAUGAGAUACAGAGCGCACGUUUUGCAUUCCCUACUAUUGGGUUUCGUCCAGCGAAGGUCGCACGCCGUACUACAAACGGCUCUACCGCAAAAGGAAGAGUACGUUUUGCUAUGCAGAAUGACGCCGUUUCAAAGAACUCUCUACGAGACGUUCAUGAAUGAAGUAGUACGCAUUCAGGCUGUACCGAAUCCCCUUAAAGCCUUCGCGGUGUGCUGCAAAAUAUGGAAUCAUCCUGAUGUAUUGUACAAUUUUCUGAAGAAACGCGCGGGCGCCGGCGAGGCUGUCGAUAUAGAUUUGGAGGAAGUCGGUGGAGCGGCCGUGAGCAAAACGCCCAACGAUAAACCGGAAAAACCGUUGCCAAAGUCGAAGAGGAAAACGCCAGCGAAAGGAAAAAACGGAAAACCGGCGGCUUCUAUUACGCCCUACAACAAUACCCAAGAGAAUCCCGUCAAUCAAUCCAUUCCGAUGUCCGUAAACAAUUUUGCUACUGCUCCCGUUACUUCAUUUACUAACGCCCUAUCGCAACAAGGGAAAGUUAAAAACGAUUCGACGCCGGAAUCGACGACUAUUCAAGACAUAUCAAAUAACUUUCCGGAUACGAUUUUGCAGCCGUAUUACGAUCAAGAAUUCGAUCAGAACGCACAAUUUCCCUCAUCUUUCCCGAACACGAGCAACAAUUAUUCAUAUCCCAACACCUCCACUUCGAACGAGUUUAACAGGGACUUCGGUAUGACUGGGGAAGUUCAAAAAACGAAUUUUUUAAAUUUAGACACACAAGCCACCUCUUUAAACCCAGUUACAACGCUUUCCUCUGAAAUAUCACUAACUCCCUUGACGUCUAAAACGAAAGAUCUGGCUAUAAACAACACAAGUAGUACGGUAGCGUCAUUUAAUGAAGCCAAUCCACCUUUAAAUAAUACUAGAAAUAAAUUAACACCGUACAAAAGUUCUACAGCAGCUACCCAAGGUAGUGGUAGUAACAGUUUACCAACGAGCGCUGAUGAUUUGAUGGAGAUCGGCAACAAUCCAGAACAAAAUAACGUUCGAUAUGACCACAAUCAACAAACAAACUAUAACGUAGAGACUAACAGUUAUCGUAACGACUACCAUCAACAGUGGAAUUGGAAUCAACAACAAGAAACUCCUCCAAACUUCGACCGGCAAAACGACUAUUUCGGCCCUCCACACAACCACUUCAACCCGCAUCUAAUGAACGCGAAUUCCAACAAUUCGUGGAUCAAAAAGGAGGACUCCAAGUCUUUUAUAAGCCCAAAAAGCGAAACCAGUAACGACGUCAAGCCCAAAAUAAACAUCAUCAGCGACAUCAAAAUACCGCCGGUGUUCUCUAAUCAAUCGAACGAGAGAAAAAUUAAUAUAAUAAGCGACAUUAAAAUAGAACCGAAAAAAGAAGAGGGUAUGGAUAUGUACGACAUCAAACCUCCCAUCGCCUCGUCUACGCUGGCUCCGAUUAAGACUGAAAUUAAAAACGAAGUCAAGACUGAAGAAGAAGCUAAACCUCUACCUCCCGCACAGGAAAAUCCUUUUGCCAAAAUGAACCCGCUCGCGCUGCAAGGAUCGAAAGAGGACAGCGGCAUUCCUUAUGACUGGGCUAUCGAAUUACUAAAAGAUUACAUUCCCGGUCACAUCGAAAAUUCCGCCAAAAUGGGCAUUCUAUUUUGUAUAAUACGCGAAAGUAUCGCUCUAGGCGAUCGAUUGUUAGUCUUUAGUCAAUCGUUAAUUACGUUAGAUUUAAUAGAACAAUUUCUCCAAUCGAGUCAAGUACCAGGCGAAACGUUCAAUUGGGCCAAGAAUAGCAGUUACUAUCGUUUGGACGGAUCGACCAGCGCAUUGGAACGAGAGAAGCUCAUUAACGAAUUCAAUUCGAACCCGAAAAUACAUUUGUUCCUAGUUUCGACGCGAGCCGGCUCUCUGGGGAUAAAUCUCGUCGGUGCCAACAGGGUAGUGGUAUUAGACGCUUCUUGGAAUCCCUGUCACGAUACUCAAGCCGUAUGCAGGGUAUACAGAUACGGUCAGAGGAAACCUUGUUUCGUCUACAGAUUGGUAGUCGAUAAUUGCUUGGAAAAGAAGAUCUACGAUAGACAAAUCAACAAGCAGGGCAUGUCCGAUCGAGUCGUGGACGAAUGCAAUCCGGACGCUCAUCUGACGAUGAAAGACGUCAGUACGCUUUGCUGGGACGACAAAACGGACGAGGGAGAAGAAAAAGACUGGUCUCACGUUAAGGAUAACUAUAUCGACGUGGUUUUACAGAAAGUACUUCAAAGAUAUGGUAAAACUCUUAACAAAGAACCUUUCCAACACGAAUCCCUCCUAGUCGACCGAAAAGAAAAGCAAUUAUCGCAACAGGAAAAGAGGUUAGCUAAAAAAGGGUACGAAAGAGAAAAGCAGGCUUCUAGACAACCUACCUACAGUUUAAUGGGUUCCUCGAGAGGACAUCGUCCAGUGGCGUCGGUGAGGCCUAUGCAGCAAGGAGAAAAAACUUCAAGAUGGAUCCCAGCGGAACAUUGGCAACGGCAAGGCAUGACGGCGCAAGAAAUGACGCUUCCUUUGGACGUAGUCAUCCCGACGAAUCAACCGGAAAAGGGCAAUAUCGUUCUGAAAGCGGGUCAAAAAGUGCUCGUGCUCAAAUCGCCCAAAGGGGUUUACAUGCAACUCGAAAACGGUAAAAUAGUCGCUAUUAAAACUGCCAUUAAGGUGAAGGGGAAAUCCGAAGAUGGCUUGGGACCUGAUAUGUCCAAAAUGGUGAAACCUCCCCUUCUUCCGCCGUCCAUUAAAGGGAAUCCCUCGCUAUCGGUGGUUCCUCAGAAGAGGAUGGUGAAGCCGUUCGUACCGGGAGUCGCCAAGUUCGGUGUACAAAGCGUUAAACAAUCCGUGCCGAAUCUGGUGUCUCGAAUAAGGAGUAUCCAAAAGAAAGUUCAAGCAGGUAAAACGAAACCGCAGAAUGUGGGCUCCGAAAUCGCCAAGUCGCUAAUUAAUAAAGAAGACGGGAUCCCGGUGAGUAGUAGCGAUGACGAACGGAAAGAAAUGCGUCAAUUUCCUUUGGAUCGAUCGAAGAGACACGCGCUAUCGCACCAGCAAGAGAACAGCGACGAUAUCGAAAAAAGAAUAUCUCUAUUGAAGAAGAAUAUUUCCAUACAGAGGGUGACAUCGCAAGGCGGAGCGAAAGCUCAAUAUUCCCAAUCUUCACAAUCUCAAGCUCCGUUUUCACAACUCAGAUCCAUCGAUGACGGUGAGAAAGAAGAUGACAGUCCGGAGAAUACGGAAGAUCACAGAUCUCUUUUGGGAGAUACACCGUUCCAGGAUACCCUAGACAGUAUCACGAGUGCAUAUCACGCUACAAACGAUGACAAUUUGGAGUCGUUCGAAGACGACGUAUCAGAAUCCUCCGAAAAUAAACAUCAAGAACAAAGCGAAGUCAGCGAUCACAGCGACGACGUGACAUAUAUUUCCGACCAAUCGCCUACGCCUCAAUAUCCAGCCUCGGUACCAGCAUCGCAUUCAGAUCCUUCGGCCAAACCGCAGGAGGGACAGGACUAUAACAAUUACAAUUACUACAAUUACAAUGCUCCACCUUAUCAAGCGCCGCCUCCUCAGGGUUACGCGUACCCACCGCAGCCGCCUCCUCCGCAAUACGACAUGAUGGGAUACCCGCCGCAACAUCAACAACCUCAGUAUAAUUACAGUUAUCAGGGUUACCCGCCGCCGCCGCCUCAGCCCCAUUAUCCGCCGCAUCCUCCUCCUCAAACGGGAUACGAGUACGGGUCCCAGGCUCCGCCAGCGGCGCAACCCAUGUAUCCCGGCUAUAAUCCUUAUCCGCAGCAAUACCCGCCUCCGCCGCCGCCGCAGGGUAUGUAUCAACCGCCCCCGAGCGGCGCUCCGGCAGCGCCUUACGGCGAUUAUCAGCAGUACGCCUCGCCCAUGAGUAACGUGGCUCCACCACCAGCGCAGUAUUAUCCUAAUUCUUAAUGUGUAUCCCCUGUUGUAGACCAGUCGAAUUCGGUGUGAUAUAAAUUCGAAAAAUGUAUUAUGCGUGAUAAUUGAAGGAAUGAUCUAAUGGCAUCCUUUAAAACGGUUUUUUUAUCGAGGUAAAACCAGAUAGUUACAUUUUUCUUAUCAUGUAUAUUAAUUUUAAGGUGUACAUAAAGUAUUAUUUCAAACAUAGAUGUUAUUAACAGUGUAUUUUAUAUAGUUUUUUUUAAUUCUUUCAUUGUGUAAUUUUUGUAAGAAUAAAAUUAAUUGUUUCCUGUAACGCUUUCUUUAUAAUUAAUGCUAGUUGUGAUGAGGAAGUUUGAUAAUUAAUUUGAAAAUGGUUGAUUAGUGUUUUUUAUAAGACAGAAUUACUGAUUUGGUCAAUUGAAAAUCAUACAAAAUUACUGAAUUUAUUAAAUCGUUGAUAUAAAUUGGCAAAUUUUUUGUUCAAAUCAAAAAUUGUUCUUUAUUGGCUGUAAUCCAAUUCGAUUGGUCUUACAUAUUUAGUAGUGCAAUAGUAUAAUAAGGAAUAAAGAUCUAUUAGGUUUUUUUUAGAUGUUUGAUGGUAUAAUAAAAAUAUUGCAUGGAGAAAAUCGUUAUUUAAUUUGCGCUAAAUGUUUCAUUAUUUAGCACGUUUCGACAGUAUUCAAUUUUAUAACAUACAUUUAUUUUUCUGCAUUUCAAUUCAAGCACCACAAGGUAUUCUCGUAAAACGUCCCUUCUAUUAAAUUUUCUUUUUUUGCAUAAAAUGCAUUAUACAACAACUAUAAUGAAACCGUAAUUAAUUGUAUUUUUUAUAUUGUAUACACAUAACUGAUUUAUGUACAUUUUUAAUACUCACACAACGUAGUUCGAAUUAUGUAAAUAAAUAAAAUUCAUGUCCUUGAAACAUUUAGUGCAAAAUAAUGCCCUAUUAGAUAAGUAUCAGGAACACUGGCUUUUACAUUUAGAAUACAUUUUAACUAAAAUAGCGUCAUUAAUUGUAACUAUUGUAUGUUAUCUUGUAACAAGAUAUUCUUUGCAGUGAACCUUUUCUAUUCUUGUCAUCAUAUUUAAUUAAUUUCAUAAACAAAUAAAAAGCAUUUUAAAUCUUGCAUUUUAACAAAACAUUUCACAAUUAGGAAAUUUUUUUGGUGCUUUACGAUGAAAUGCC